UGCGCAUAUGCGCUCUUGGAAACGGAACAGCUCUUGAUGCGUUUGAUGUAAAGUUGAAAAUGGAUGACGCUACCAUGAACGACGCUCUAUCAACAAUAACCUCAUUGUUACUAAUAAAUUCGAAUGACAAUGAAAUUAGCAGUAGUGAAUCUAGUGAUAGUGAAAAUGAAGAUAAAGAUGAAGAUAUUCUGUUUAAUUCAGAAAUGGAAAUAUUAUAUACAGUAUUAAUGGUUAACGAAACACGUGGAGAGAUGGUUUUUGUGGAAAAAUUAACAGAUUAUGUAGAACGAGUUAUUCCUGGAUAUUCGAAAACAAUAUUUAAAGAACAUUUUUGAUUCGUCAUCCACUAACACGGGAAAUUCGACUAAUUCCUCCAUCGUGUUCUGUGAUACUUCUUCUUCUUGAGUAAAAGGUUAUGUUAUUAGAGGUAAAUACGCAUCUGCGCAUGCGCGCAUUAACUGCUUCAAAUCCGAGUUGUAGUAGCCGAUGCGCCCUUGAUGCGUUAGAGGUGGGGGGAUUCUAGGGAAUCCUAUGCGCCACUAAUGCGCGCAUUACCUGAAACGGAACGGUUGUCCGUUGUCCAUGCAGUUUAUGCGCAUGCGCUCAAUGCGCGAAACGGAACGGACCCCUAGUCUUGCUUGAGGAGUGUUGAGUCCAGUCGAAGAGCUUCGCCAAGUCAUGACUCUCCGAAUUAUUCGGACGAUUCGGACAUUCUUACAAUAGGCAACAGGAACAGGGAAUAAGGACCGGACCCAUGUGCCAUCGAACGGAAUAAGGAACGGAAUUAAACAGAGAGAGAGAGAGAGAGAGAGAGAGAAAUAGAGAAUCAAUAACGUCAAGAUGGCGGUUCCCUCGGUUUCGCUGAAUACGCGAAAUAAAAAGCAUUUUUUAGGUGUACCUGCACCCUUGGGAUAUGUUGCCGGUGUUGGUAGAGGAGCAACAGGAUUUACAACACGGUCUGAUAUUGGUCCUGCUCGAGAUGCCAAUGACGUUUCAGAUGACAGACACGCUCCACCUACGAAACGUGCGAAAAAGAAGGAGGAGGAGGAGGAAGAUGAAGAGGAUUUGAACGAUUCAAAUUAUGAUGAAUUUUCAGGAUAUGGAGGUUCUCUUUUCAGUAAGGAUCCUUAUGAUAAAGAUGACGAAGAAGCAGAUGCGAUUUAUGAAGCUAUUGACAAACGAAUGGAUGAAAAACGUAAGGAAUACAGAGAGAAGCGCCUCAGGGAGGAGUUGGAGCGCUAUCGUCAGGAACGUCCCAAGAUUCAACAGCAAUUCUCAGAUCUGAAAAGAGAAUUGGUUAACGUAACCGAGGACGAAUGGAAAAACGUUCCUGAGGUGGGAGAUGCCAGAAAUCGUAAACAGCGUAAUCCAAGAGCAGAGAAAUUCACCCCGUUACCAGAUUCUGUACUGGCGAGAAAUUUAGGAGGCGAGACGUCCACCAGUAUUGAUCCAACUAGCGGUUUGGCCUCUAUGAUGCCAGGUGUGGCAACACCCGGUAUGUUGACUCCCACGGGAGAUCUUGAUCUAAGAAAGAUCGGACAAGCCAGAAACACAUUGAUGAACGUCAAGCUGAAUCAGGUAUCCGAUUCUGUGGAAGGUCAAACCGUGGUUGAUCCAAAAGGAUAUCUUACAGACUUGCAGAGCAUGAUACCUACUUAUGGUGGUGACAUAAACGACAUAAAGAAAGCUCGAUUAUUGUUAAAAUCCGUACGGGAGACUAACCCUAAUCAUCCUCCUGCAUGGAUCGCGUCUGCGCGUCUAGAAGAGGUGACUGGAAAGGUUCAAGCAGCGAGAAACUUAAUAAUGAAGGGAUGCGAGGUAAACAACACUUCUGAGGAUCUGUGGUUGGAAGCUGCGAGACUGCAACCGCCAGACACGGCGAAAGCAGUGAUAGCACAAUCGGUACGUCACAUUCCAACGUCUGUCAGAAUUUGGAUAAAGGCCGCGGACUUGGAGAUAGAAGUGAAAGCGAAGCGCCGGGUAUACCGAAAGGCGCUGGAACAUAUCCCAAAUUCGGUGCGUUUAUGGAAAGCGGCCGUUGAGUUGGAAGAGCCCGAGGACGCGCGCAUCUUGCUCAGUCGUGCGGUUGAGUGCUGUCCGACGAGCGUGGACUUGUGGCUCGCUCUUGCUAGAUUGGAGACUUACGAUAACGCGAGAAAAGUCUUGAACAAAGCCAGAGAGAAUAUCCCAACUGAUCGACAAAUUUGGACUACCGCUGCCAAAUUGGAGGAAGCAAAUGGCAACAAACACAUGGUGGAGAAGAUCAUCGAACGUGCUAUAUCCUCGUUGAGCGUGAAUGGGGUAGAGAUCAACAGAGAACAUUGGUUCAAGGAAGCUAUGGAAGCUGAAAAAGCAGGAGCGGUACACUGUUGUCAAGUUAUCGUUAAAGCCAUUAUUGGUUUUGGCGUAGAAGAGGAAGACCGGAAACACACUUGGAUGGAAGAUGCGGAGACUUGCGCCCAACAAGGAGCCUUGGAGUGCGCCAGAGCUGUCUAUGCGUAUGCGUUAACGGCAUUUCCCAGUAAAAAAUCAAUUUGGUUGCGCGCCGCUUAUUUCGAAAAGACAUAUGGCACGCGAGAAUCCUUGGAAACUUUAUUACAAAGAGCAGUUGCUCAUUGUCCCAAGAGCGAAGUGCUUUGGCUGAUGGGUGCUAAAUCAAAAUGGCUGGCUGGUGAUGUACCAGCAGCUAGAGGUAUUUUAUCUCUCGCGUUUCAAGCUAAUCCAAAUUCCGAAGAGAUUUGGCUGGCGGCAGUGAAGCUUGAAUCUGAAAACUCAGAAUAUGAGAGAGCGCGACGUUUAUUGGCAAAAGCCAGAGCAUCCGCACCGACGCCCAGAGUGAUGAUGAAAAGCGCGAAAUUGGAAUGGGCUCUUAAUAAUCUUGACGCAGCGUUGCAUCUAUUGAAGGAAGCUCUAGAAGCCUUUGACGACUUUCCUAAAUUAUGGUUAAUGAAAGGUCAAAUUGAGGAACAGCAGGGUCAUUUAGACAAAGCGAUAGAAACGUAUAAUCAAGCGAUAAAAAAAUGUCCAAAUUCGAUACCAUUGUGGUGUCUGCUGGCGCGAUUGGAGCACAAGAAAAACCAAGUAACUAAAGCGCGUUCAGUUUUGGAGAAAGCGAGACUUAAGAAUCCUAAAAAUGCAGAAUUAUGGCUGGAAGCUAUACGGAAUGAAUUAAGAAACGGUGGCGCGCGCGACAUGGCCAAUACACUAAUGGCUAAGGCAUUACAAGAAUGUCCUACAUCCGGUCUACUUUAUGCAGAGGCAAUUUUUAUGGAACCGCGACCUCAACGAAAAACUAAAAGUAUUGAUGCCACUAAAAAAUGCGAACAUGAUCCACACGUUCUUCUGGCGGUAUCGAAAUUAUUUUGGUGCGAACAUAAGAUUUCAAAGUGUAGAGAUUGGUUCAACAGGACGGUGAAAAUAGAUCCUGAUUUAGGAGAUGCAUGGGCAUAUUUUUACAAAUUUGAAUUACUGAAUGGUACGGAAGAGCAACAAGAAGAUGUAAAGAAAAGAUGUAUCGCUGCAGAACCUCAUCACGGCGAACAUUGGUGCAAAGUUUCCAAAAAUAUAGCAAAUUGGUGUCUCAGUGUAGAUCAGAUCUUGGUAUUAGUUGCAAAAGAAUUACCUAUUCCUAUAUAAGAUAAAAAUUACAAUAAAUUAAAAUGCAUGUAUCAUAAA